AUGGCCACCACCCUGGAGCAAGCCCUGGCCUCCAGCAUUGCCAACUUCCACGAGCGCUCGGCGAAGGAGGGUGACGAGUACCAGCUAAGCAAGGGCGAGCUGAAGGAGCCGCUCAGCUUCAAGGUGGUGAGCAUGGGGACGGAACAACUGGAUGAGCGCAGCUUCUGGGUGCUGCUGAAGGACCUGGAGGACAAGGACAACAUGAUGGACUUCAAGGAGUACAUGGUCUUCCUAGACUGCCUCAGCAUGUUCUGCAAUGACUUCUGUGCUAAGGCUCCUGGCCCUCUUUGCUCUCCAGCUGCAAUUCACCCAGCAGUUGCUGCGCCCCGAAAAGCGCCGGGGCUGCAGUUGCCCCUCUGCGGCAUCGCGGACCUAUUUGGGCAGGGUGGGGGGGGACGGAGCCCCGUUGCCACCCCGAGCCCGCCCUGA